CUCUGCUCCCUCUCAGACUUCCNNCUCGCCCAAGACUACGACUACAUAAUAAUCGGCGGCGGAACAGCAGGUCUUUGUGUCGCCGCCCGACUAACCGAGAACCCCGAUGUAACUGUCGGCGUCCUCGAAGCCGGCGCAAACCGCAUGGACGAUCCUCAAGUCUACACACCAAGUCUGUACCCAACAUUGAUCGGACGCGAGAAGUAUGACUGGUGUUAUGAGAGUGUGCCUCAACCUGAUGCUGGAGGUAAGACCAUGUCGCAGCCUAGAGGAAAGGUUUUGGGUGGAUCGAGUGCUAUCAACUAUCUCAUGUAUGUGAGAGGAUCCAAGGCGGAUUAUGCUGCUUGGGAGUCACUAGGCAACAAAGGCUGGGGCUGGGAAGGACUUGCUCCAUACUUCAAGAAGAGUCAGACGUAUGAUCCGCCGAAGCAAGAACACCCAAACAAGCAGUUCAUGCCCAUUGCGGCCAAAGAUCAGUAUCAUGGCACUAGUGGCCCCAUCCACACAUCAUUCAAUGAUUAUUGGGAGGUUAGGCUUUGGCAUACGACUUUUGCAAAGCGGCGUACGAAGUUGGUGGACAGGACAAUUCGCUCGUUGAUGCAUGGUCUGGUGNAUCAUCUCGGCUUCUAUAGUUCUCUUGCAGCCGUGGAUCGCACCACCGACAAGGGAAGGAGAAGUUAUGCCGCCACAGGAUAUCUGCGACCAAAUCUCUCCCGUCCCAACUUGAAAGUCUUGACUGAGGCUUUAGCGACCAAAGUCUUGCUUGACGGCACCACCGCGACAGGUGUUGAGUUCUGGCAUGGCGGUCAGAAACACUCCAUCAAUGCAUCUAAAGAAGUCAUUCUUUCUGGUGGUACUAUAAACAGCCCGCAGCUGCUUGAACUCUCAGGCAUUGGCGACCCGGAGGUACUAAAGGCAGUGGGUGUCGAGUGCUUGAUCGAAAACAAGCGUGUCGGCAGCAACUUCCAAGAUCAUGUCCUCGGUGGUAUGCUCUACGACCUGAAGGACGGUCUGAAGUCUCUGGACUCACUCCACGACUCAGAGUACCAGAAGGCUAUGGAGAAGGUGUACCAAGAGACUGGCGAGGGACCUUACGGUAGCCCUGGCAUGCUGAUGGGAUUCGUGUCAUACGCUUCGCUCGUCAGCGAAGAGGUGUUGAACGACACCAUUGCCGAAAUUCGCAAGAACUCGCUUGCAAAGACCGAUUUCGAGAAGCGUCAGGAAGCGACUAUCAUCUCGCAGCUCAGCGAUCCCAAGUUUGCAAACAUUCAGAUAUUCUGUUCUCAGGGAGACAGCCAAGUCAAGUUCUUCAACCCUCCGCCUGAAGGCAAGACCCGCAUCUCCCUUCUCGUAUGUUUGGAACACCCGUUGUCUCGUGGAAGCAUUCACAUCACUUCGUCCGAUCCAACCGAGCACCCCCGCAUAGAUCCAGGUUAUCUCAAGAAUGGCGCCGAUGCCAAGAUCCUCGCCGAGGGUAUCAAGUGGAUGGACAAGGUCGCCAAUCAGCCCAUCCUCAAAGAGUCGCUAGGCGAACGCAUCCUGCCACCUCAAGGUGCGAGUAUCGAAACCGAAGAGGAGAGAGUUGAGUACGUGAGAAAUCACAUUUCGACACAAUACCACCUGAUCGGUACCUGUACCAUGGGCGAGGUCGUCGACGACAAACUCAAGGUCAGAGGUGUUGACAACUUGCGUGUCAUCGAUGCCUCGGUGUUCCCAACUCAUGUAUCAGGCAACAUCAUGGCUACGGCUUAUGCUGUCGGAGAGAAGGGCGCAGAUCUAGUCAAGGCGGAUGAUGGAAGAUUCUUGAUGAAGGUCGACUCGAAGGCA